AUGUCCGCCACCACAGAGAUCAAGAGAUGGGGCAAGGCGGACUUGGAUGCGUUCCUCGGCAGCCUGCCCACGGAGGUAGACACGUCGACGCAGUACCCCGGCUCGUGCCUCUGCGGCGGAGUCCGGUUCUACCUCGCGGGCGAGCCCCUCAAGAAGGUGUUUUGCUACUGCGAUCACUGCCGCAAGAAUUCGGGUGGCACUGGCCAGCAGUACAUCAUCUAUCAGGCGGAGAAUAUGACGAUUGACGACCCUAAAGGCUACAAGACUGUCUACACCAUCCCGGGAGAUACGGUAACGCUGUUCCCCAAGGAAAAGUACUUUUGCAGCCAGUGCGCGUGCACGCUCAUCGUGAUGCCGCUCAUGCUGGAGCGGAAGCUCGCCUUCGUUCCGACGGGUCUAAUGAAUCAUGGGUAA